AUGCGACUAGUUGUCGCCGUCGUCGCCCUCGCCGCCUCCAUGGCCACCGGCAUCCCCCUCGUCCGCCCUCAGCCCGGUCCUUACAUCAACCCCACCAAGAAACUCAUUCAGAACUGGAACAACAAAUUCUUCGACCAUUGGAAGGAUGUAAAGGUCAUCGAUGAGAAGGACGGGGAUAUAGCUAGGAUCACCCAUGGGAAGCAUGCAGGCAAGAUCAUCCCUAUCACAGAAGAGCUCCUGUGGGAUAUCCUGCAGAACACAUCCUACGCCCACGGGAAGGGUGUAAAGAUUCAUUAUGAGAAGGAUGGGGUUGUAGCCAGGGUCAUCCGUGGGAGGCAUGUAGGCAAGAUCAUUGGCCCCAUCCCGACAGGCCUCCUGCAGGACACAUCCCACGACCUAACGAUCAUCGACGAGAAGGAUGGGGAUGUAGCCAUAAUCACCCAUGGGAAGCAUGAAGGCAACAUCAUUGGCCCCAUCACGGAUGACCUCCUACAGAAAAUGUCCCAUCUCGAUUGUUUUGGUAUAGGGGUUGUCGCUGGGAAGCAUGCGGAUGUAGGCAGGAUCAUUUAUGGGAAGCAUGUAGGCAAGACCAUCGGCCCCGUCCCAAUAGCCUACCUGCAGGAAAUAUCUCACAACCAUGAUAAUGUGGAGCUUUGGGCUAAGAUCCUCGGCGCCAUCGCGGCAGGCAGCAACAACACCAUCAAGACAGAAGUGCAGAACAUAUCUCACAACCAUGGGAAUAUCGUUAAGAAGUCCACCGAUGAAUUCUUGGUCUACCAUCGAAAGCAUCCAGGCAAGAUCAACGGCACCAUCAACCCGCAGGACAUAUCCCACGACCAUGAGAAGAAUGUAGGCAAGAAUAUCGUUAAGGAGGCCGUCAAGCCUACGAAAGUCUACGAAACCCAGUCCGGAGAGCUCAGGACUGAUCUUCCGGAUGAUCUCGUACCUCGAGAUCUGCAUGAUCUUGGGCUUGCAAAUCAGCAUGAUCACCUACAUGAGGAGGCCGGUCUGGCUUCCACACUCCACCAGGGGAAUGAUGGAGGUAAGGGUGUUCCCGGACCUGAAGCUCUGACCGUCGGGUCCACGACCAACCGAGAUGGGGAGGUGCCGAAGGGGUUCCAAAAAUUCCCGUGGCAUAGCUACGGGAAUAGGCCGCCACUUGCGGGUCUGGGGGAGCGGAACGCGACGUAUCGGCCCAAUCAGAUUGUGGAGACUAAUAAGGACGGCGAGGUCGUGAAGAAGCAGACGCUUAUGAGGAAGGUUUGGGUGUAG